AUGCAAAGAGUGAUAACCAGCCAAUCAAAAAAGAAACUCUCCUCAUCACAACAAUUUAUUUGGUUGUCGCUCUCUCAACAAACCUCUUCUUCUUCAUCAGCUGUUGCCGCCAAUUUUUCAACAAGUCAAAAUUUACUUGUCGAUGAGAGGGAUAAGAGAUUUUCACAUACCAUUCUUCUUCCGAAAUCAAAUUUUAAAACAAAGGCUUCAUUGGAGGAGGAACUUACAAUACAACAAAUAAGUAGAGAUUAUGCCUAUACUAAAUUAAAGGAAGAUAGAUUGAAGAGUGGAGCAAAAAGAUUUACACUUCAUGAUGGACCUCCAUAUGCAAAUGGUACUCUUCAUACUGGUCACUUUUUGAACAAGGUAUUGAAGGAUAUUACAAAUAGAUUUAAACUUCUUACUGGUCACUUGGUUGAAUUUAUUCCAGGUUGGGAUUGUCACGGUUUACCAAUUGAAAGUAAAGUAUUCCAAGAAAUUAAGAAGAAGAAAAAAGGAACUGAAGGAAUUACAAUUUCUGGAACUAAAGAUCCAAUUAUUAGAAAAUUAGCUAAAGAUUUUGCUGAACAAGCAAUUCAAUCACAAUUGAACGAUUUUAAACGUUGGGGUGUUAUGGGAGAAUGGGAUAAUCCAUACAAGACUAUGAAUCCAACAUUUGAAGCCCAACAAUUGAGAAUUUUCCUUGACAUGUUAAAUAAGAAAUAUAUUUUCAGAGGAAAGAAACCUGUUUAUUGGUCUCCAUCGAGUGGAACUGCAUUGGCUGAAUCCGAAUUGGAAUAUCCAGAUGUACAUAUAUCAAAAUCAUGUUAUGUCUUAUUCCCAAUUACUACAUCAAAUACUGAAAUGUCUCAAAAGUAUGGUGAAUUAUUUGCCACUGUGUGGACAACUACUCCUUGGACAUUGAUUGCCAACGAAGCCAUUUCCUACAAUCAAGAUAUAGAAUAUUCAAUUAUUUAUGACUCUGAAAAACAUAGAAGACUUAUUAUUGCCUCAGAAUUAAUGAAAAGCGUUUGUGAAAAGACUGGUAUUAAGAAUUUCACUGUUUUACAAGCUAUGAAAGGAAAGGAUCUCUUUGUUAAUAAUGAUAUUUUAAUGGGAGAUAAGGUGUCAUCCUAUGUUAAUCCAUUGACUUCCUCCGUUACAGAUAAGAAACUUCCAUUUUUGAAUGGAUCUCAUGUUACAACUGAAGUUGGUACUGGUCUCGUUCACACAGCUCCAAAUCACGGUAUUGAAGAUUUCCAAGUUGUUAAAGAUAAUAGCUUACCAAUUGGACCUUGCUUUGUUGAUGAAUAUGGUAAAUAUAAUUCUCAAACUCCACUCCCACACUUGAUUGGUCUUCCUGUAUUGAGUGUUGGUAAUGAAAAGGUUGUUGAAAUGUUGCAAGGAGAUUUGUCACAAUAUUUGCUUCUCAAAGAAGAUUAUUCACACAGAUAUCCAUACGAUUGGAGAACUAAACAACCAAUUCUCAUCAGAAUGACUGAACAAUGGUUUGCUGAAUUGAAAGAUUUGAAGAAUGUUGCCAAGGAAUAUGUCGAUGAAAAGAUUGAAAUGAUUCCAAGUUCAGGAAGAAAUCGUCUCAAGUCCUUUGUUGAAUCUAGAGAUGAAUGGUGUAUUAGUAGACAAAGAACAUGGGGAGUUCCUAUUCCAGUAUUCUAUAAGGAAAAUAAUCCUUCAGAAUAUUUAGCAACAAGUGAAAGUAUUGAACAUGUGAUUAGUCUUGUUGAAAAGCAUGGUACUGAUUGUUGGUUUGAAAUGAGUGAAGAUCAACUGCUGUCUCCUCAAUACAGAAAUCAAGGAUGGAAGAAGGGAACUGAUACACUCGAUGUAUGGUUUGACAGUGGUACAACCUGGUUUGGUGUUGUAAAGGCCUCUGGUAUUCCUCUUCCAGCUGAUGUUUAUUUGGAAGGUUCUGAUCAACAUCGUGGUUGGUUCCAAUCGUCACUUCUCACAAGUUUGGCCUAUCAAGGUGUUCCUCCAUACAAGAAGAUUGUUACUCACGGUUUCGUUACUGAUGAGGCUGGAAAGAAGAUGAGUAAAUCAAUUGGUAACACAAUUGAACCAGAAUCAAUCAUUAGUAAGCAAGGUGUUGAUGUAUUGAGACUUUGGGUAAGCCAUAGUGACUUUUCUGUAGAUGUUUCAAUUGGUAAGAAUGUCAUUGAAAAAGUUUCUACCAAUUUGAAAAAGAUCAGAAAUACUGCCAAAUUCAUGUUGGGUGUAUUGGAAAAUUAUGAUCCAAACUUGCCAGUCUCAAAGGAACAACUUGUUGAAGUUGACUAUUAUAUUAUCAAUAGAGUUAAACAAUUCUGUGAUCAAAUUACGGAAAGCUAUGAAAACUUUAACUAUUACAAGGUUAAUCAACUUUUAAUGACAUUUACUUAUGAACUCUCUUCAUUUUACUUGGAUAUUGUUAAGGAUAGACUCUAUUGUGGAGAGGAAGAGGCAAGAAAACCUUCUCAAAAAGUUAUUCAUUACAUUUUGGAUUGCUAUACAAAGGCUCUCUCCCCAAUCAUUUGUCACACUGCUGAAGAUAUUUAUCAAUCAAUGGAAUUCAAGAAGAAUAAGAGUAUUUUCGAAGAAGGGUGGUUCAUUAAGCCAGAAGAUUUCUUCCAAGGCAUUGAACUCCCUCAAGAAGAAAAAACAACUGAAAUGUUUAAUCAAGUUAUUGAAUUGAGACAAGAAAUAUUCAAAUUGAUUGAAAAGGCAAGAAUGGAUAAGGUUUUCAGAACUUCCAACGAAGUCAAAGUAACCAUCGAAAGUGUAGAAUCAGAGAAAUUGAUUCAAGCCAUUCAACCACUUCUCUCGCAAAGUACAAAACAAAAUAAGAAUACUCAACUCGAAGAUAUUAUGAUGGUUUCAUCAGUAGAAUGGUUGAAAGGAAUUAAUCCUAAUCCUCUCUACACUCUCCAAUACGAAACCAGUUUAGAUUCUAAAAAAGUUUCACUUUCCAUUUCUAAGGCAGACCUUCAUAAAUGUCCUCGUUGUUGGAGGUUUGCGAGUGUUGUAGAGAAUGAGCCUUGUGGAAGAUGUGCUCAUGUUUUGGAGCACAAUCACCAAUACCAUUAG